AUGCCGAAGACCGAGGAGUACCAGUUCCGACCGCUGGGCUGGGAGAACGACCCAGAAGUGGAGAGGCUGAGGUUCUCCAGUCUCGACUAUCUCGCUGCGUGUACUUACAACAGCUACGCCUUAUUUUUUAAAUUGGAAGAUGAAGAGAGGCCCGGAACUCUUGCUGCCCUGAAGGAGGGCUUGGAGAGAACGCUCGCGCAAUGCAGGCAGUUAGUCGGAACGAUCGAGAAGAACGACGACGACGAUGACCAUUCCUUCGUCAAGAAGCGAGAUAGCACUGUCAGGCUCGUUGUCAAGUACUUCGAGGCAGAAGACAACGUCCCGUCCAUGUCCGAGAUCGAGAAGGCUCACUUUGCUUCGUCCUCCCUCGGAGAUACCGGCCGUUUUGUUGUCGAGGGAAUGACAUACGGCGAGAAGCCUGAGUGUUUUCCGAGUGCGAAGCCCGUUGUGUCGGCAUACCAGGCCAAUUUUAUUCCCGGCGGGUUCCUUUUUAUGAUCAACCUCCACCACUACGCCAACGAUGUGAUGGGAUGGGCCAACUUCGUGUACCAGCUAGCCGACAACUGCAAUUCCAUCGUCAACAAGACCGCGCCCCCCUCGUGGGACCCUGCGAAUUUAGAUGCAAGCCGUUUCACUGCAUCCGAAUUUCCUUCCGAGUCAAAAGUUGAUGGCCCCACGUCCCCGGAACGCCAUCCUCUGCUGCGCGAACACGCUGCGCUCUUAUUCCACCUCCCCAAGAGCAAGGCUAAAGAGCUGAAGGGGCUCGCUACGCGGGCUGGAGAAGGCCAGAUGGUCCCUUGGGUUUCGACUUAUGAUGCCUUUUCGGCCCUCCUAUGGCGUGUCAUUACCCGGCACCGCGCCACACUCUACAACUCAUCUCCAGAUGAAACGCCCAUCUUCAUUGAAGGAAUCAACAUGCGGACUCGAACAGACCCGCCCGUGGCCAACAGGCUGCAGCGUAACUUGUUCUGGGCUGCAGUCUCUGCGAACUACCCAAAUCCACUCGCUAUCAAGGAGAUUGCCUCUCUGGGAGACGUCGUCCCUCUCUCCCUUUUGGCGAGUAAGAUCCGUACCAUGACGAACAGCAUGGACCAAGCGGGGCUCGACAAGGCUCUUGCCAUGCUGGCUCCCGUCCGCGACAAGACCUGCCUAUUUUCGAGGGUUGACUCGUUCCCGCCCCUGACGGUGGUCAUAACCGACUGGCGCCUAGCUGCCGUGUGCGAGAAGGCCGAUUUCGGUUUCGGUCGGCCAUCCGCUUUCCGGCAUUUCCUCGAUGCCGUAUCCGAGGGGUUGAUUACCGUCUACCCGCCUCGUAUGUUUGGUAGCGACACCGACGAGGGCUGCGAAUUCGUAGUCACGAUGGAGAACGAGAUUGUUGAGGCGGUUUUAGAUGAUUCGGACCUGAAGAAGUAUUUCGAGUUCAGGGGGUAUGAGGUGAAAAGGGCGGCGAAGACCUCGCCGGAAUCCGCGUGA